GCCUCCUUAACAUGCAACUGGCUACAUCCUUCCCCGAAUCGAAACCCAAAGCCGGCGACCGGGGAGAUGGACGGCGGCGGCGUGCUCGGCGCCGUGGUGUGCAUGCUGCUGGUCUUCGCCAUCUUCCCCCUCCUACUCUGGCGCCGUCGCUCCGAUCCCGUCUCCGAUAGCCACCGCCUCCCGCCCCAGCCUCUCCCGGGGGACGGAGUGGUGCGCGGUGGCGCUGCGGCGCGCCGCAUGCGCCGGAGACCGGCUGCUGCGACUGCCAGUUCCUCUGCCGCAUCCACCAGCCGCGAUGUUGCAGAGAACGAUGGGGACAGUGACGACGAGGAGGUCCCGGAGGGUCACAACGUCCCCAAAUCCUCCAAGAAGGAAAAGAAAAGGCAAGAGCGUGAGGCGCAGCGUCAGGCUGAAGAUGCUGCACGGGAUUCAAGAAGGACUAAACAAGAUCGCUAUGCGGAAAUGAGGAGGAAGAAGGAUGAGGAGCGUGAGGCUCAAGAGAGAUUACUGGAAGAAGAAGCUAGGGCACGAAAAGCAAAGGAGGAGGAAGCCGCUGCUCUAGAGUUCGAGAAAUGGAAAGGGGCCUUCUCGGUUGAUGCUGAAGGUACAACAGAGAGUGAGACGCAAGAUGACGGUCAGGGUUUGCUCCACAACUUUGUGGAAUACAUCAAGAAGCAGAAGUGUGUUCCCCUAGAGGACCUGGCAGCAGAGUUCAGGAUGCGAACUCAGGACUGCAUCAACAGAAUUGUUACACUGGAAAGCAUGGAUAGGCUAUCUGGUGUGAUGGAUGAUCGGGGGAAGUUCAUAUACAUAUCCACUGAGGAGAUGAAGGCUGUUGCAGAAUACAUCAGGAAAGAAGGGAGAGUAAGCAUAUCACAUUUGGCCAACAACUCAAACCAAUUUAUCGAUUUGGAGCCGAAGGAGGCCCAGUACGAUGAGGAGAGCCAUCAAGAAGCAGGCACAAUGACAUGAGAGCUCAUUGCCCAACAUAUUUUACAUACAUUUCCCUUCCGUCCUGUGCUUAUUUCAUUGACACACUUGGUUGGCAAGUACUUUACCAAAUGUACGUAGCUUGUAUGCACUGCACCGAAGAUGCAUGGAGCAGUAUUGGUGCAUGGAAGUAGGCAGACAUGAAUGACCAACGACGGGUCGUGCUACUCGAAUGAAGGAAUAAACAAAGUAGCACUAGGGAA